GGGCAAGGUGGGAAUGGGGAGAAGUGGGAAUGGGGAGAAGUGACAGGGACUGACACCCCUUGCAGUACAGUUUAUUGGCCAUCAGUACACUGUACAUUAUUGUCUUACAUGCAUGUAGUAAAAAAGUCAAAUUCAACAAAUCAUGUACAUGUAAUUAUAUCGCCCAAUCACCCAAGGGUCAAGCGAUCGUGCAAGUGGACUGAUUGCACUGAACACAUACAUGUACAGGACAGCAUUUGCAUGUACAUCAUACAUGUACAUGUACUUGUCUCAUUUUUCCAUGCGUUUUCUAAUUUUCCGCCAUGCUGGGUUCUGAUUUACAGAGGAAUGAAGCUCAUUUUCAUUUUCCAUGUUGAGCACUUUGUGUGCAGAGGUCAGGGCUGCACAAUUGUCCAAAAGAGGUUAGAGAAUCAGAUAGGAUUGGAAUCCAGAGGGGUACUAUGGUAAACGUUAAACAUUGUAAUAUUGUCAUUUGGAUGGCCCCUUGUUUGAAAACCCUCUAUUUUUGCCUGUUUUGAGUCAUUGCCACACAUACAUGUACAUGUUACCUUUGUACCAGAGUGAUGUCCAUGACGGAAGUAUUGGGACUUCAACGGCUACUGUUGCAUUCCAGCCACGGACUGCAAGUUCACGUUUGGCUGUCACACAGUCAAUUCCUGUACAUGUGUACAUGUUUGUGAAGAGUGACGAAUUUGAAAUUUCGUCAUGGAGACUUUGAAGCACUGGAGCUUUGGGAAUGUUGUGCGACGGAGUGCGCCCUCUGCCUUUAACGUCAGUUCGGCAGCACUCGGCCAGUCGACGCAUGCUGCACCCACCAUUGCCCAGUUGACCCUGUUCCUGCUUUGGGUCACUGCCGUUGUCAUGUGGCUGUUGCGAUGGGUCUAUGGUCGACACAGGGACAGGGUCACUGUCAUGCCUAGCAGUUUGGAUCUGGAAGCAUCCGGGAAUAAUGCCAUAGCGGACUUGCCCAACGUAGAGGAAAAUGGCAGCCAAAACACAACUCUAAGGAAAAAUGCACAGAUUUUUGGCAGCCAAAACGGUGCAAUAACUGGCAAAGGAUCAACUGAAAUAAUGUCAGACGCUGACAAGGAAAGGGUCAUAAGCAGAAACAGUGAGCCAAAUCUACCGGCAGACAACCAAAGAAACAUCCCAAAUGAGAAAGUUGUCAGCGAUUUCAGAGGUGCUAAACAGCCAAGCAAUGUUUACACUGGUCCUGAGAAGGUUGAUGCAAGUCAACAUCAGAAAAUGGAGAAAGAGGCGAUGACAUUCUCCAAGGUGAAACCACCACCGACAUUUGAUGAGUUCCUGAAGUUCUGUGCCAUGUUUGGCCUGAUCAUGCUGUUCUUCUACCUGUGUGACUACAAACAUGAGUGGCCUGAGGCCGAGAGGAAGUAUUCACGAGACUUGUUCAUGUUCUUGGUUUUGCUGCUGUUUGCCGUUGCGGGAGCAUUCACCCUGCAAUCAACUCAAGAUAAAAUUCUGAACAGGGACCAGACUGAGGAAUGGAAGGGCUGGAUGCAAGUAAUGUUUGUCUGGUACCACUACUUCAGAGCAGCAGAGACGUACAACUACAUCAGGCUGUUCAUCGCUUGUUACGUCUGGAUGACUGGGUUUGGUAAUUUCUCUUUCUUCUGGGUACGCAAGGACUUCUCUCUCUGGCGCUUCCUCAAGAUGCUGUUUCGGCUCAACUUUCUGGUAGUCUUGACCAUGUUGGUGACCGACAACAGCUAUAUGCUGUAUUACAUCUGUGCCAUGCAUACCUACUGGUUCCUCUCUGUCUACGCAUUCAUGGGUAUUCUUCCCUCCUGGAACCAGGACAGAGCCAAGAUGGCAUUCAAAUUCGUCUGCUACUUUGUUCUCAACGCUUUGGUGUUUGACACACCAUUACGAGAAGUGGUCUUCAAGCCCUUCUGGUUUGUUCUGGCAUACAAGGGUUCCAUGCACGAGUGGCUGUUCCGAGCAGGACUGGACCACUAUGCGGCAUUCGUUGGUAUGCUGUGUGCCUACAACUACCCCUACUAUGAAUGGUUUAUGAACUACCUUGACAAGCGGCACCUGAAUCGCCGUGACUACCUCUUAGCUGUCUCCAUCAAGUUGUUCCUGAGUGGGUUACUGCUUGUUGGUUUGGUUAUGUGGUACGACGCUGUGAUGUGGCGAGAGAAAUAUGACUACAACAAGCUUCACCCCUAUACUUCCUGGGUGCCAAUCCUGGUCUACAUCUUCUUCAGAAACCUGUUGCCAUGGCUACGGAUGCGGUACCUGGGUCUCUUUGCCUUCCUGGGUAAGAUCACCUUGGAGACCUACAUCAGCCAGCUGCACAUCUACAUGCAGUAUGAUGCCCGGAGACUCAUAGUCUUCAUUCCAGGCUACCCUCUGAUGAACUUUGCCCUGGCUUCCAUGAUAUACCUGCUCCUCUCCCACAGAAUGUUUCAUCUGACUACGGAGUUCAGCGCCUUCAUACUGCCCAAGGACAUGAAGCAAGUGGUCAGGAAUGCCAUCACUGGUGCAGUGGUCAUUGGCCUACAUGUAUGCUUUGCUCUGCUGUUGAGAGAGAUCAGAGUAUUUUAAAUUCCGAUCUAAUAAAAGUUUUAAUGAGAUUGCAAUGACCAUGUAUAAAUAAAGAGAAAAAUAAAAAUCCUUGUAGCUUUCUUUAAAUAGAUUGAAAUCCCAAUUCAAACAUGGGCUGCCACAGAUUCAAAGUUAUGUAUUUUUGUUACUGUGUUAUAUAUUCUAUUUUAUUCCUACUACUUUUGUAGUCUUUCAAAAAAAAUUUAUUUUUGAGGUCAGUACUUACUGACAACUCUAAGAGAAUUGCAGCUAUGUAAUUUAGAAAAUACAUGUACGGUAUUGACACCAAGUGCUUUAAAAUUUGGAAACAAAUCACCUAUAUCAUGAAUUGACAAGCAUGUAAUCGGAUGCAGUGUUGGUGGACUUGCAGGCCUUUGUCAUAAAAAGUUUUU